CACGGGGAACGCACAGGAGUCGCGAGCCUCCCUCGCCCCCUCCGCGAGUCCAGCGCCGCGGACCGAGCCGCGCGGGACAGCAGCGGCGGAGGCAGCCAGGAGAAGAUGCGGGGCUCGGGGCCCCCUGGUGCGGGACGCCGGAGGCCCCCGGGCAACUGCGGCGGUGGCGGCGGCGAAGGCCACCCCAGCACCCCUGCGUCUCUGGCCGGCUGCUACUCCGCACCUCGCAGGACCCCCCUCUGGACGUGCCUUCUCCUGUGCGCCGCGCUCCGGACCCUCCUGGCCAGCCCCAGCAACGAAGUGAAUUUAUUGGAUUCACGUACUGUCAUGGGGGACUUGGGAUGGAUUGCUUUUCCAAAAAAUGGGUGGGAAGAGAUUGGCGAAGUUGAUGAAAAUUAUGCCCCUAUCCACACAUACCAAGUAUGCAAAGUUAUGGAACAGAAUCAGAAUAACUGGCUUUUGACCAGUUGGAUUUCCAAUGAAGGUGCUUCCAGAAUCUUUAUAGAACUCAAGUUUACUCUGCGUGACUGCAACAGUCUUCCUGGAGGAUUGGGAACCUGUAAGGAAACCUUUAACAUGUAUUACUUUGAGUCGGAUGAUGAGAAUGGGAGAAACAUCAAGGAAAACCAGUACAUCAAAAUUGAUACCAUUGCUGCCGAUGAAAGCUUUACAGAGCUUGAUCUUGGUGACCGCGUUAUGAAACUGAAUACAGAGGUCAGAGAUGUAGGACCUCUAAGCAAGAAAGGAUUUUAUCUUGCCUUUCAAGAUGUGGGUGCUUGCAUUGCUCUGGUUUCUGUGCGUGUGUACUAUAAAAAAUGCCCUUCUGUGGUACGUCACUUGGCUGUGUUCCCUGACACAAUCACUGGAGCUGACUCCUCGCAGUUGCUUGAAGUGUCAGGUUCCUGUGUCAACCAUUCUGUGACAGACGAACCACCCAAAAUGCACUGCAGCGCUGAAGGGGAGUGGCUGGUGCCCAUCGGGAAAUGCAUGUGCAAGGCAGGAUAUGAGGAGAAAAAUGGCACCUGUCAAGUGUGCAGACCUGGGUUCUUCAAAGCCUCACCUCACAGCCAGACCUGCAGCAAAUGUCCACCUCACAGUUUUACCCAUGAGGAAGCUUCAACCUCUUGUGUCUGUGAAAAGGAUUAUUUCAGGAGGGAGUCUGAUCCACCCACAAUGGCAUGCACAACCCCCUCUCCAGUCACCAAUGUGAAAAAGGGGAAGAUUGCAAAAAACAGUAUCUCUUUGUCUUGGCAAGAGCCAGAUCGUCCCAAUGGAAUCAUCCUGGAGUAUGAAAUUAAAUAUUUUGAGAAGGACCAAGAAACCAGCUAUACAAUUAUCAAAUCUAAAGAGACAACUGUAACUGCAGAGGGCUUGAAGCCAGCUUCAGUAUACGUCUUCCAGAUUCGAGCACGCACAGCAGCAGGCUAUGGUGUCUUCAGUCGAAGAUUUGAGUUUGAAACCAUCCCAGUGUUUGCAGCCUCCAGCGAUCAAAGCCAGAUUCCUAUAAUUGCUGUGUCUGUGACAGUGGGAGUCAUUUUGUUGGCAGUGGUUAUCGGCUUCCUCCUCAGUGGAAGUUGCUGCGAGUGUGGCUGUGGAAGGGCUUCUUCCCUGUGCGCUGUUGCCCAUCCAAGCCUAAUAUGGCGGUGUGGUUACAGCAAAGCAAAGCAAGAUCCAGAAGAGGAAAAGAUGCAUUUUCAUAAUGGGCACAUUAAACUGCCAGGAGUAAGAACUUAUAUUGAUCCACACACCUAUGAGGAUCCCAAUCAAGCUGUCCAUGAAUUUGCCAAGGAGAUAGAAGCUUCAUGCAUCACCAUUGAAAGAGUUAUUGGAGCAGGUGAAUUUGGUGAAGUUUGUAGUGGACGGUUGAAACUUCCGGGAAAAAGGGAAUUACCUGUGGCAAUCAAAACCCUCAAAGUAGGCUAUACAGAAAAGCAACGCCGAGAUUUCCUGGGCGAAGCAAGUAUCAUGGGGCAGUUUGAUCAUCCUAACAUCAUCCACUUAGAAGGUGUUGUGACCAAAAGCAAACCCGUGAUGAUAGUGACAGAGUACAUGGAAAAUGGCUCUUUAGAUACAUUUUUAAAGAAAAACGAUGGGCAAUUCACUGUGAUUCAGCUUGUUGGCAUGCUGAGAGGCAUCGCUGCGGGAAUGAAGUACCUUUCCGACAUGGGCUACGUGCAUAGAGACCUUGCUGCCAGAAACAUCUUAAUCAACAGUAACCUUGUGUGCAAAGUGUCUGACUUUGGACUUUCCAGGGUGCUGGAAGACGAUCCCGAGGCAGCCUAUACCACCAGGGGAGGCAAAAUUCCAAUCAGAUGGACGGCCCCAGAAGCUAUAGCUUUCCGAAAGUUUACCUCUGCUAGUGAUGUCUGGAGCUAUGGAAUCGUGAUGUGGGAGGUUGUGUCUUAUGGGGAGAGACCCUAUUGGGAGAUGACCAAUCAAGACGUGAUUAAAGCAGUGGAGGAAGGCUACCGUCUGCCAAGCCCCAUGGACUGUCCUGCUGCUCUCUACCAGUUAAUGCUGGAUUGCUGGCAGAAAGACCGAAAUAGCAGGCCCAAGUUUGAUGAGAUUGUCAACAUGUUGGAUAAGCUGAUACGUAACCCAAGUAGCUUGAAGACGCUGGUUAAUGCAUCGAGCAGGGUAUCUAAUUUAUUGGCAGAACAUGGCCCACUGGGAUCUGGGGCCUACAGAUCAGUAGGUGAAUGGCUAGAAGCAAUCAAAAUGGGCCGGUAUACAGAGAUUUUCAUGGAAAAUGGAUACAGUUCAAUGGACGCUGUGGCUCAGGUGACCUUGGAGUGAGUAAUUUUUCUGAUAAUUUUUACAUAAUUGCUGGGGCGAGAAAAAUUGUUUGGAAUCCAAUCUGGAUGAGGUCAAGGGAAAUCAGUUAACCUUUGCCCAUGUGUGACAGCUUUCAAAGAAGCCUCUUCUUUUUUAGCCUGUAUUGUUAACAACUGCAUGGUUAAUGCUACUUGUGGCCAGUAUCUUUGCUUCUUUGCUUCAAACAAAUAGCAUUUGAAUAUUUGAAUAAUUGGAAUAACAGCUCCUUGGCAAAAUACUGGUAUUUUGUGUUGUGGAAAAGAUGUUUUCUUGAUGAAGUUUUUAUACUGGAACCUAUGUUAUAUGAAUGUAAUUACAAAACAAACUGUAAGCACAAUUGGUAUGGCUAGUCCUACAUAACAGCAAAACAUAUUCUUAAAUUUGGGCUAUGAUGAAUACCCGGGUAGCAACAGCUUAAACAAAGCUUCCCAGGCAGGAAUCUCGUUCAAUCUCUAAGUGGUGCACCUUAUAUUCUUGUAAUCCAAGGAUAUAUUAGAUUCUGCCUCUGAUUUGUUAUUUGGUACAAUCUCAGUGGAACCAAUUGUGCCCUUUUCUGUUUGCACGUUUAAGAUAAAAUUUAUCAAAUCUUAUUAAAUAAAAAUCACUAGAGUUAAGCAUUAAAUUCUUUAAGGUUGUAAGUUGUUUGUAUUUUAUUAUAUACUCUGUAUGUGUAAUUAUUUUAGCCUAAUAUUUGUUAUUUGUGAAAAUUAACUGUUGUUAUGGUGGUUCCAUCUAGCUUACAUUAACAUGAAUAAUGUUUUAACCUAUGAAUAUGAUGACAACGUACUUUAAAUUACCUACAGAUUCAAAGGUUAAAAUAUUGUUGUAAGGAUUAGAACAUGGUAGAACAUUCUAAAGCACUAAACCACAGUCCUUAUUCCAUUACUUCACAUAAUAUUAACACUGAGCACUCACCAUUUCUAUUCUGGCAUUCUUUGACUCAUUGAACUCACUGCCAGUCCACA